UAUUAUCAGUCCUUCUUAAGGAAUUUACAGCCUCGUCUAUUCCUUUUCGCGUGAUCCUUCUCUCUCUCUCUUAAAGCCUGUUUUAUCUACCUUCAUUGUUAAGAAUCUACGCUCAUGAGUGAGUAUACAUGUGUAAGUUUGUUUUAAGCCUCUGUGACCUGUGCAUAUUGCUCCUUUAUACCUGGACACUUCCAGCAAGAUUGAAAGAAAGAAAAGAAAGAAACAACUCCUUUUGAGAAGACAAACCAAAGGGGGUGAAAAAGGAGAAAUUUUUAAGAGAGCCCGGCUGGUGGAACCUUGUCUAGAAGAGGAAAAGAACUUAUUUUUUUUUGGGAUACCCAUUUAGAUUCUGAAGAAAUGGGUAGUUGUGGAAGGAGUGGGGCUGUGAGGCAAUAUGUAAGAUCAAAGGUGCCUCGUUUGAGAUGGACUCCUGAGCUACAUCGCUGCUUUGUUCAUGCGAUUGAGAGGCUCGGUGGUCAAGAUAAGGCUACGCCUAAACUGGUUCUUCAGCUGAUGGAUGUGAAAGGACUCACCAUUUCACAUGUGAAAAGCCAUCUCCAGAUGUAUAGAAGCAUGAGGAGUGACCUGAGGGGACAAGACAGUAGCUCCACCCAACAAAAGAGACGAUCUUUUGAUGACCACGAUGAGUGUGUUGAAGACGUAAAACCCAUUGAAGAAUCAGAUUCUCACUUGAUGUACAGGCCUUUCUCUUCAAAAAGGGCCAGAAUCGAGACCAGGAGUUCAAUAUCUGAGGAGAACCUGCAAUGCAGUCAAGGAAUAUGUGAAACAGUCUCGAAUCCGUACUCUUUUGAUGAUUAUAGGGGAAUAAUGGAGGAAGGUAACGGAGGUGGUUUCAAAUGGGAGCAAGCCCAUUCUAAGCCUCAAUCGACAGCCUUCUCCCUAUCACUUGACCUGUAUUACUUCAACACUUCGAAACGUGAAGCGGAAGGAUCUGACCUCGUCAAGAUUGCCGAGCUAGAGGAUAGAAUGUGCAAACCAGGAAAGGUGUACAAAUCCGAGGUUACUGAAAGUGAAAGAGCAGAAGAUGAAGAACCUGGUGUUUGCGAAUUGUCACUUGCACUCUCCCUGCCUCAUCCUUCCUCACAGAGAAGCAAUGCGUCAUCGACGAGUGAGAUCAGCGAGACAUUCUCAUCAUACUCCAGGUCUAACUUAAAAGAUUGUUCUGGCUUUUCUACUGGAAAACGGGACAUUAACUUAGAUUUGUCUAUUAAUCUUUGUGGUGCCUAAUCAAUAUUUGAAAAGGAAGUCUGUUCUCUAGAAAUUAAAUAUUCUAGCGCUCAUUUUCCACAGAGAUAUCUCCGUUCCCCUUCUUUAUUCUUAGCGUUCGUUAAUUUCAUUUUGAUUUAAUUGUUGAGUUCA